AUGUUUAACGUGACGCGGGUUUUACAUUUUUUUUUUUUGCGGAAAGGUCGUGGUUUGGCGGAAGGUAUAAAAUAUCCGGAGCGACGCGGCGGCGGUGGUGUUGCGGACGACAAUCGCAGACGAAAUAAAAACGGCGACAGCGCAGCGGAGCGGGUAGCGAACGACCGUGCACACACGCACCCGCACGCCCCUAACCUGGGACAACAGAUCGCCGGUUGGGAUGCGCGCGGCCUCCCCGCAGCAACAGCACCAGAGGGUAGUUUCGACGACGAGCAGCAGAAGAGUAGAAUGGACGGACACAUAUAUAUGUAG